UCGAGGCUACAGGGUAGCAUGAUUUAGAGAAGGCCGAACUUUGUUUCGGGCCUCUCUGAACUUUCCCACACACAGCGCUGAUUAAUCACGGUCUGCAGAGCCCGUUUUACCGAAGUCUGUGUAGAUUAUACAGGAAACAUUUAGGUGUGGGGCAGCCAAAGGACCGUCCGCAAUUAUCCGUUGCCACGGUAACCUGUUGCCACGGUAACUAUUUGUGUCGUUGUAUUUGCCAUUUGAGGCGAAAGACGUCGACACCGAUGCGUCUGGCUGUUCCUCGUCGAGUACAAAGUUUUGGUGUGUUUUCAGGUCUCAUCUGGCCCCCAGUGAAGAGUAUAAUGUCUGUCCCGGGCCACAGUCCCCAGCAGGGUGACGAAACCAAGCUUAUGAAUUUUGAGGUUCUGAGGAACAACUCUGAGCUCUUCAGAGCAGAAUGCACGAGGCUAAUGCUGGAAACUGACAAAGAAUCCAAACGCAUGCAAAAUGAUGACAACAGGCGACUCGAUCAGCGGCUCAGAGAUAUCCAGUUUCUGAAGAAGGAGUUGGAGCUGAAGUUGGAGGAGAUUAUUGUGGAGAUUGAUGUCCUCAUAGCGUUGCAAAGCAGAGUGGCAAAAGCCCUGGAGGCCUGCACAGAGACUCUGAAAGUCUCCGUGGUCUGUCUGGAGGAGAGCUGCAUUAUGAGUGUGAGAUGUUGUUCUGCGUCCUACAGAAGGAAACAUCUCCCCUCCGAGAGGCUUCAUGACGAGGUGGACAAAGAGCUGCUGAAGGAGAAAGAGGUCAUUGAGGGAGUGGCUUCCCUUCUGCAGAGGGUCACGGAGCAGAUCACUGAGCAGAUAAGACUGGACCGAUCUGCCAAGUACCAGCUGGAGAAGGAUCUGAAGGAGAAAUUCGAGGCUCAGUGCAUCGACAACUCCUGUCUCUUAAUGACCCACCAUUCCAUCAACAACCUGCAGAGGUCCAAAAACACUGAAACUGUUCUGCCGAGCUUGGGAGUGACCCCAAAGCAGUGGGAGAACAUCUCGGACAUCAACAUGACCAAAGCGGAGCAGCAGCAGGCCAACUCUCUGACCCUGCGGGCCCUGGUGGAGUGUCUCCUGGAGCAGACGGCCGCCGACAUGCAGAAGCAGGUCCAGGCCACAGCGGCGGCCUUCCAGCUCAACGUCCGGGAGAUCAAGUCUGCCAAGAGCCAGAUGGAGGAUCAGCUGGCUGCGAUUUUGUCCGAGUUUGCCAGCCAGGAAAGGAUUGGGGAGGAUCUGCAAGUGGCCAUCGCAGAGAGAGAGCAAGUUAUGAGUCUGGCCCAGGCCCGGCUGGCUUUGCGCCGCCAGAGGCCCGGCAAAGAGCAGUGCCAUGAUCCGGCACAGUCCCAGCUCCUGGCCGAGGUCCAGCAGCUCAACGCUCACAUCAGCACACUGCACGAGGCAGCGGCCCAGUCCGACGAGGAGCAGAGGGCUCUGCUUCGCUGCCAGCUGGAGCUGCAGGAAGGCAUCGAGAUGAAGGCCAACUCGCUCUACAUUGACGAGGUCAUCUGCGCCCAGCACAGGGAGCCCAUCGUCAUACACAACUUCUGAGCGUCAGGCAACAGAACAUUUACCAAGAAGUGAAGAUGUACCCUGAAUUAAAGUGGGCUGUAUCACACAAGCUCGU